AUGUGCCGCUUCGAGACUGUCAAUUUCAGCUUGGCUUUCAAGCUUUAUAUUCAACUACACCUCGGCGGACAAGACCACAAACACGCCUUGCCCCGGCGGGAGCUAGUUUGCCACAAUGCAAAGCACAAGCCCAUUCCCUUUUUAUGUUUGUACUUUUGUUCUUCUUUUCUCGAGGAGCUGCCAGCAGUAAUACACCGCUCGGCUUGGGCACUUCUGGAAUACCAGGCCCGAUCCGAUGACAUGGGCAAGGGUCCUCCCAAACCGAAUAAAAAGCAAUUUGGUAGUAUUCGUGCGAGUAAGACAGAGAGCACUCGAGAGGGGCCUCUGCUUGGCGAUUCAAGUUGCACUGCACUAGUAGGAAUACCUCCAGUGACCCAGCUUGAGCAGAGCAGCCGAGGGUUACUAGAGGAGUAUUCUGACAGCGCACCAGAGACGUCCUCCACUUACAACAUCUAUACGUCUAUAGUACAAGACGGAGGCCAGAUUCGCAAUAUGCGCCAUCAUAAGCCCAUCACAACGGCACGAUGCAGAGCGCCUUCACUGGCAAGCGACUUUGCUUUGGCCAGAAUCUCGGCCUUGGAAACUCCCGUCUUCUAG